GUAUAGAGGGCGCCAUCCAUUUGAUUAGUGGCUCACUAUUGCUCACUGAAUACACAAACAUUACCAGUUUACGUUUACAGGCACCAUCCCCAAAAUAAGGAAAAUUGACUCGUUCAUGAUUCGUGAUAUCGUUUUGCAACAAGUUAUCUGUAGGUUUGUGAUGAGUUAUUCAACACAUUGAUUGUAAGUGAAUGCAACAAUGGCGGUACCAGACAGAUGGUUGAACUGCCCUCGCAAAGGUCAACUCAUUGCAGAAAAGUUUCUACCCUUCAAGACACCUCUUGGACCACAGUACAACAAUAAAAUUCCAGAAGAGAACCGCUUUAACCUGCCCAUGCUGUUUUCCUAUUUGGAUAGCUACAAGGUCAAGAUGGGACUUUUUGUUGACCUUACAAAUACCAAUCGAUUCUAUAACAAAGAGAUGGCUGAAUCAAAGGGAGCCAAGCAUUUCAAACUACAAUGUAGAGGACAUGGGGAAUGUCCGUCAGUUGAGCAGACUCAAGCAUUCAUCAAAGUAUGCUCUAACUUUGUCAGCAAGAAUCCAACAGAUAUCAUUGGUGUACACUGUACUCAUGGAUUCAACAGAACCGGCUUCUUGAUAUGUGCAUACUUAGUUGAGCAGAUGGAUUGGAGCAUUGAUGCGGCAGUGAGUGUGUUUGCUAAAGGGCGUCCACCAGGCAUGUACAAAGGUGACUACAUUCAAGAGUUAUAUAAACGCUAUGGUGAUGUUGAUGAUACACCCACUGCACCAGAACAACCUGACUGGUGCCUAGGUGCAGAUGACAGAGAUGAAAGUGCAGUUUCUAGUAACUCCAGAACCAGUAAUACUCCAGGUGAUUCAGGCUCACGGCAUCAGCGAAGUCAAGUCAAUGUAAAUAAACAGUUUAUGGAAGGAGUGACAGGCGUGAGCAUAGUGACUGAUUAUCAGACCGUGAACCGAUUGAAACAUCAACUCCAACGUAUGACUGGCUGGCGUAGGUUGGACUUCCCUGGUUGUCAGCCAGUCUCACUGGAUAAUAAGAAUAUUGCUGCUCUCAAACACAAACUCUACAAAGUCAGCUGGAAGGCUGAUGGUAUCAGGUAUAUGAUGCUGAUUGACGGGCCAGAUCAAGUCUAUAUGUUUGAUAGAGAUAACACAGUAUUCUCUGUCAAAAAUCUGGCCUUUCCCAAACGUAAAGAAGACGGUCAUUUGACGGAUACAUUACUGGAUGGUGAGAUGGUUGUGGAUAGGAUAGAUGGGCGGGCUAUUCCUAGGUAUCUGGUGUAUGACAUCGUUGUGUUUGAGGGUCAGCCUGUAGGCAGCUGUGACUUUGAUCGUAGAUUACUGUGCAUUGACAAAGAGAUCAUCCAGACAAGGAGUCAACAUAUGGCACAAGGAACCAUUGAUAAAACCAAGGAACCAUUCAGCUUACGUAUGAAGCAGUUUUGGGAUAUCACCAAGACCAAAAAUAUAUUAGACGGCCAUUUUUCACAGCAAGAGCUUGGCCAUGAAACAGAUGGAGUUAUUCUGCAACCGCAGCAAGAUAAAUAUACCCCAGGUCGUUGUGACACAGUACUGAAAUGGAAACCUCCCAGCUUGAACUCAGUUGACUUCAAGCUACAGAUCACUUCAAUGCGUAGAGAAGGCAUGCUACCAGAAACCAAGGGUUUUCUGUUUGUAGGAGGUUACGGUAGUCCGUUUGCAGAGAUCAAACUGACAAAGGAACUCAAACAGUAUGACAAGAAGAUCAUCGAGUGUACCUUUGAGAAUGGCCACUGGGUAUUCAUGAGGGAACGCACAGACAAGAGCUUCCCCAAUGGACAUGCUACUGCUGUCGCGGUGUGUAACAGCAUUGCCAAUCCUGUAACAAAGGAGGUUCUUCUGAAUUACAUCCGAGACAAUGCCACCAAGCCAGGUAGUAAGCGACCGAUAGAUAGUAGCAGUAGUGCACCAUCAAGUAAAGUCAUCAAGUUGGACAGUCAGUUGAUGCCACCACCUCGUCAUGUUGUGUCUGACCAGAAACCAAGUCUGCAGAAAUCAUAGUGUUCAAUGUGUAGUUAUGCCUUCAGUUGGAGUGUUACAUCAAGUACAGGUCAGACCAUGCUGUGUAAUGCAUACUCAAUCAUUUAUUACUGCGGAAAGAGACAAACUAGUCUACAUUGUUUUUAAUAUUAAAAAAAAGGAAAGUAAUCUAAAAAACAAUUGUCUUUAACUCACAUGGAAAUUAAUCAUUGCUGGUCAAAAAUCUUAUUUUGUGCAUAAUUUUUAUUAAAUCCUCUCACAUUUAGGUAUUAAUAAAGGUAUUUUUUUAGAUUUUGCCCUUUGAAAUACAGUGCUUAGAAUACACAGAUUUAGAAACUGCCACCCGUUUCAGACUAAUAUCCAGAGUUGCACCGAGUUAAGAUAUUCCUGUGAUUUGAAUUAAGGUACAUUGAAUUGUUCAACAUUUAAAGAGUUGGGAGCGACUAUGGCCAAGUUCGGGCAAGGACCAUUAGUCGACUAGUAGUUGAUUUGUGACGUACCUUACGCCUGCGCACUAAUAGCAACGUGCGAACGUCUCUAGUCAA